AUGCACUCUCACAAACUCCUGGGUAUCAAACAAAGGUGGUUUAUCGAGCAGCGAAUGGACCAAGCAUCGAUUAACUCAAUGUCUAACCGCGGAACAGCGGGUCGCAGCGUGGGUGGUAGUCACAAUUGCAGAAACGAAGUAUGCAAUGAGAAUAAAAUUGUUGAAUCACUACCACACAUUAGAGGCUUCUGUCCAAAGACUGAGUUACUGCUAAACGCGGCUCAUCAUCGCGUUCGUUCAGCAAUAACUGACCUAUUCCGGAGUAAAAAUUUCGAAGUAUAUAUGAGGAAGUUCACUGCGAAACAACAAAUGACGGUAUCACCCAAAACCGUCGCGCUGAUAUUAUAG